AUGUUUUUCAAGAAACAUACAGAGCCCAAGCCCUUGAGGGUGGAAGAGGAGCUGAUCCUUCUUUCAAACAGACUAUCUGGAUCGAUAUACUAUGAAGAUCAGGCUGAUGCGCUUAGUAAGGUUUUAGAAAUGUCAGGAGUGUAUCCUGUCGAGGUAGGCGUGCAUGCACUCCAAGAUGUGAUCUAUUCGAUGGAAAAGAUGGAGGAUGUAUCCAUUCACCUUGACAUACUCAACAAUAUUCUCGGCUGCACCCACAGGAUGGAAUUUAUUGACAUCAUUGUGAAGAAUCCUGAAACUUUGAGGAUAUUAUGCGAUUGUAUUAAGAACGAGAAGAAGGAAGGAGAAAUAUAUGACCUGCUUUGCGUUCUGAGUGCUUCAGAGCUCUUCCCACUCAAGGCUAUAGGGAUCCCAGGUAUGGCUUACCAUUGUGCCCAGAUGAUUAAGGAAAAGAAGAUGGGGCUGAUCCCCAGGCUUGUUGAGCAGGAUCAGAACUUUAAAAGAGAGCUUACAUUUAUGGGGAUAUUCGAGAAUCUUUUAAAAGUACUUCAGGAUGGCUUUUCUAAGGACGCAAUGUCUACCUUGGUGUUACUACUCAGAGACUGCCCGUUCAACCAAAAUUAUUUCGACGAGCUAAAAUGGGACUUUAUUCUCAAAUUCAUAGACAAACAUCCAGGAGAGGUGUUUGAUGUUCUCUCUUCCUUGAUAGAUCUUAAGAAUACCGAUUGUAGAAAGCUUCAAUCUUCUGUCUAUGAAAAAAUCGAUCUUGCACUUGUUCUUAAGUCCAAGAGAUGGAGUCUCUUGUAUCUUAUUAUAAAAGAUAAUAGGUCAUAUACAGAAAAGCUUCUCGAAACUCCCAUAUUCGAUAAAAUAGAAGAGGAGCUUCCAAAGGAAUCUCUUGUUAGAAGGCGAAAUGAAAUCUAUCUAUUGGUUGACUACCUUCUCUUCUGGAAUGACUUUGAUGCUUCAAGAUUAGACUCAUACAAGAUAUAUACAAUGAAGAGCUUGAGAGAACAGAGCAUUCCUACAGGCGAUCUGAUUGAGAGAGCUUUUGGGAUAAUCAGUCAGUUUGACAAUAGAGAGGAGAGUGCAACAUUCGAUGCAUUAAUAUUUAUUAUUUUUAACUUCGAGAAAACUAGGGCAGAAAAAAUGAUUCCAGUACUUUCUGGGAUAUUUGGAGAUUAUACCAGGCCUAAACUGCAUAGAUCCUUAUGCCUUAUUAUUCUUUUAAUGCUCGAAAUAACUGUAGAUGGAAUUAAUAUUAAUCGUUAUACUGCAGAUCAUCUAUUAAGAGAAGCAAGGCUUCUCUUGUGUUCCAUAGACUUGAAUUCGCCGCUCUAUCUCACUAACGAGAUGGUGGACAUUCUUGUAAACAACAUUGGAGAUUUGGUUUGUAGCAGAUAA